AUGAUUCACAAUCCUCUGGAGCUACUGCUCCUAUUAUUCCUCUGGCCCUCUCGCGACAUCGACUUCCGGGUAAUCAUAGAUCGGCACGCGAAUGCUUCUGUUCCGGCUCGGGAACGCGCAAUUGACGCUGGAAUCGGUCACAGUCAGAUGGCCUUUCUGGAGCUUGGCAAGACGACUGAUCUUAAAGCAGAGGAGUUUGCCGGAUCGAAAUCGCGUUUUGGGAUCAAAAUGGUGGGAGAUCUUCUUGCAAAGCAGACUCUCGUCAAGUACUCUCCAACGCAAGCUUACUGCAUCUAUUCGGACUGUAGUGAAGUAGUGGCCGGAAAGAACAUUCGCGUGAAAGAGGAGGAGGACGCACACCAUCUGAAACUCGUUUCCAUUGAGACCGAGAAAGAAAAUCGCCGUCUUCUGCCGCUCUUCAUACAGUUUCACACAUGUGCUGAGGCGAGGCCGGCAGAGGCGCACCUCAUCGACCGACUUUCCGAAAACGCGCUAGGUCGAUUCAAUCUCGAACUCAAGAAGAAUGUCACCCACGAUUCGUUUGCGGAAUGCGAUUCGUGGAGAGAUGAAGCCGGCUUCAUCGUCACUGACCGUAACCGCUUCGCCUACGUGACGUUCAACGCAUCCGUUCUACUCUCAUCACUCACACCCUCCAAAGACAUCAAGAUUACCAGAUAUACUGCCGCCGAUUUGGAUGCACUUUGUGAUUUCGACCAUUCCGUGUGCGGAUUCAGCAGAGAACAAGCAGUUGAGUUUGUCGUCGCUAACUCCACCGUUUUUGUGGCAAAAGGAGACGGCUGCAUAAAUGGUAUGGUCGCGUGCAGAGGGAGCAAGAUAUUCGCCUUGUACGCCGAGACGAUGGAACUGGCGCACGCUCUGUUAAAGCAUUGUAUUGUGGCCAAUAGACUGAAACAGGUGUCGUUCUUCACGCGUGAGGAUGUGUGGGAGUGCAAACCGAUCUCAUCUCGACCUGCUCAUCGACGUCACACUCGGGCCGUUCCUUCGAGCAUCAAAUGGACUAAGGCAUGUGUACGCCGUCAACAUGGGAUUCCAUAUCGUCUAAGGAUUUUGUCUCACAGAGUUUUACUGAAAUGA